AUGCAGAGAAAACGCUUUCCUGGACGAGAUAAUGAUCGUGAGCGGGGAAGAAUGAAUAAUCCGAAGUACGAUAGUUACGAUGUGACUGAUUUUUAUCAACUUGAAAAUAUCAAGAAUGAACUUCAGGGACCAACUGGUGAUAGACGUCCGGCUCAUUGGGGGAAUAAGUACUGGGACAAAGCUAUUCGGCAGAGCAGCAAGAAGGUGGAUAAAGGACGAGAGCGCAAGAAAAACCGCCAUGCUCAUGCGAUUUUUUUAGCUUCAGACUCAGGUUAA